AUGACGAAGGCCACGGCUUCCAACGACAACACACAAUCCUGCAUCGCCGCCUUGCAUUAGCUUCCCUCUCCGUUGCUCUCAGGCUUGUUCGGAAACUCUUUUGAUCGAUUGUUUCCUGGCACUUCCAGACACAGCACGAUGCAGGCGUUCUCAAGGCAAUCACGGCCUGCGGGCGCUCUCCUGCGACAGCUCGCCCAGAGGAGCUACAGCUCGUCCUCUACCUCCCCCUACGCCGCAACCAUCAAGAACCUCCGCAUCAACGGCGACACCAAGGUUCUCUUCCAGGGCUUCACAGGCAAGCAGGGAACUUUCCACGCGCAACAGGCGAUCGAUUAUGGCACAAAGGUUGUUGGCGGCACAAACCCCAAGAAGGCAGGCCAAACGCAUCUCGGCCUCCCGGUCUUCUCCAACGUCAGCGAGGCUGUAAAGGAGACGGGCGCGAAUGCCACUGCCAUCUUCGUGCCCCCCCCACUCGCCGCCGCCGGUAUCGAGGAGGCCAUUGCGGCCGAGAUUCCCCUCGUUGUGUGUAUCACCGAGGGUAUCCCCCAGCAUGACAUGGUGCGCAUCACAUCGAUGCUCAAGGCGCAGAGCAAGACUCGCCUGGUGGGCCCCAACUGCCCGGGCAUCAUCGCGCCCGGCCAGUGCAAGAUCGGCAUCAUGCCCGGCUUCAUCCACAAGCGCGGGCGCAUCGGCAUCGUCAGCCGGUCCGGCACGCUGACGUACGAGGCCGUCAACCAGACGACGCACGCGGGCCUGGGCCAGUCGCUCGUCGUCGGCAUUGGCGGCGACCCCUUCAGCGGCACCAACUUCAUCGACUGCCUCAAGGUCUUCCUCGAGGACGAGGAGACGGACGGCAUCAUCAUGAUUGGCGAGAUUGGCGGCUCCGCCGAGGAGGACGCCGCCGACUUUUUGCGCGAGAACAACACCAUCAACGGCGGCAAGCCCGUCGUGUCCUUCAUCGCCGGCAUCUCGGCGCCCCCCGGCCGCCGCAUGGGCCACGCCGGCGCCAUCGUGUCCGGCGGCAAGGGCGGGGCAGACUCCAAGAUCAAGGCACUCGAGUCGGCCGGUGUCAUUGUCGAGCGGUCGCCUGCCGGCCUGGGCAAGGCCCUCCGCGACGAGUUCGUCAGGAGGGACCUGCUCUAAGUUUCUGGCGUCUGUAGCGAAAUAUUACUCUUCCGGCGCUGCUAGCCUUGUACAUGUGAUUGUUUUCAUUUGUUAUUGCGAGUGGUGCGGAUGGGGAGUAGAGAAUGGGGCAGGUUGUGAGCGUAGCAGACCGCUCAGGGGCGGAUUAGCCCGAGGCAUUUUGAGCUUAUAGACUGGGGGACUUGGUGGUCGGCUUAAUAUGUUGUGCAAUAUGAGCCCCUAUUUUGCUAAGGUAUAAUUUUCGCUGAUCAAACACUGUGACCUCUUCGUGGAGCGCUUAUGAGCCAUUGGUGGUUCUGGGUUGCGGGUUGCCAGGGCUGGCAUCGACAACCAGCCCUGGGCUGGGAGGGUGCCAAUAUGGAUGGGCGGCAUCGAGUCAGUUGCACAGGUUGCCUGCACCCUCCCGCUUGACAUCAACUGAAUUCAGAUUGAGGCAGCAGAUCACGAGAUAGGCUGAAAAUGCUCUUUCCAC